GGGAGGACUAGGAGAGUCAUAGACUCAUCCUCGCGAUACUUUCACUUGAACUUCUUCUAUCACAAAGUAGAGAUCUUCUAGAUGCUGGGAGCGGUACUCUUAUUAUACUUUUUACGGAGAAUCGAACUCUCUUGUGUAAUAUUCUUUAGUAAUUCUAACUUUUCACAAAAAAUGGUGUUCUAUUGGAUUUUACAACCUUACUUUCUACUAUGCGCUCUAUUCGUCGUCACUGUUUACACUGAAGAAGUUUCUAAAACCAUGCCGCCAAAUAUUUCAACGAAUUUUUCUUGUCUUAAUCGGCCUAUGGGAUUUUAUGCCGACGUUGAAGCGAAUUGCAGAGUAUAUCACACAUGCGAUGAUCAUGGAAAUAAAUUUAGUUACCGAUGUCCCGAGGAAACGGCUUUUCGGCAGGAUGCCUUAAUAUGUGAUCAUAUUCAUCUCGUUGAUUGUCGAGCAAUCGUUUAUCAAUCAAAACAAUUUCAAAACGAAAAUAGCAAUAAGGAAAAUAUGCACACAAUGCCUUUGAUAAGAUCACCAACCGUAUCCAUCGAUUCGCUCGAUAAUGAUCGACAAUCAUUUUCACGUUCUUUCAGAGUGAUUCAACAACCCGACAAAAUCAAGUCUAAUAAAGCCGAGUCUGGUUUUGUAUUCAGUGCAAGUAUAUUUUUAAGAGAUAAGGUACCAAAUCAAGCUGGACAAAUCACCGACACUUGCAGGACAUGCAAUGCUAAUUCGAAGAAUCGCAUGACAGUUUCCACUUCUCGAUCGCUCACUGAGCAGUUCAGUUCUUGGAAUUCACGUAAUGAUAAAUCAAUUCCGCCAAGAGAGUCGUUACCUUCGUCAUCAUUGGAGACUCGCGCUUUCGCGCGAGACAAAAGUGCCGUGCAUCUUAAUCGUUCAUUCGAGCCGAUUGCAAAUUCUUCUCUUCUGAAAAUGAUAGCACCAGAAGGUAAUCAGCGUUCGCCUGCUCUGCGUGAAAAGUCUUCUUUUUUGAGUUACAACAGUGACUAUCAUCCAUAUUCAGAGACUCUAAGAUCGAUCCAGGCUAACACUCAUACGCUCAACAUAAAGUCCACCACGGAAAUACCUGUACAUGCUUUGACGCUCUCCUUAAAGCCAUUGGUGCCAAAUGAACUGGAAUAUGACCCCUACUAUCCCAAACAAUCAACGUCCACUGAGGCAUACUACACACCCAGCAAUCGCGAUAAGGUCACUAACGCUCCUUUUUCUAACCAGAUGUCGCCGAUAAUCGCGCACCCUGAUUUUUUCGAAAUCCCAUCUAUACUGCCCGAUCUGAAUAUUUUAGAGGAUUUGGUCGAUCGCCGAAAGUUUUUUUAUAUCCCGCGCAUAAACAUCAAGUCGAUGCACCGUUAAUUAUUUAAAAAAACAUUCAUAUUUAUAAUGUUACGUGCAAAAUAAUUUUAAAUAGCUUUAUUUUGUUACAAAAUAAAUUGUGUAUUGUAUAUUCAUGUUGAUAGUGUGUAUUGUUUGUGAUUUAUCUUACAUAAAAAUGAUCUAAUAAAUAUAAUAUUGAGUACCACUCGGUGACUCGGUGACCUCAAAA